GUUUUUUUUUCCAGUUUUCUGAAAAGUAAAUUAUUUGAAAUCCCGCUCUGAAUUAUUACAAUGGCGCCAAAGAGAGCAUCGCCGAUGCAGUCUUCUCUGUACUCUAUCGGUGAUUACGAGGUUGCAGUGGAUGGUAAGAAUUUCACCUGUGAAUCCGGACCCAAAAGCAUUCAAAUCAAAUUUCCCAGAAACUACACAGUCAAAAUCUCAGGUUCGUCUAGAAUUUGGGUUCUUGCGGUUCUGUUUUUUUUCCACUCUAAUUUGGUUGUUAGUCAUUUUGGGCUCUAUGAUUUGAUUAUCUAAUUCAAUUUCAUCUAUUGAUGUUAUGCGGCUACUAGCAAAAUGUGUAACAAACUCAAUGUCCAUAAUUUUUCUUUUUGUGGUCAAACAACUCAAUUUCCCUAAAUUACUUUAGGAAAUUUUCCAUAAUAUUGGACCAAAAAAACUCCGUCUGUACUUUUUUUUUUUUUUUGGCAAAAAACUCCGUCUAUACAUGUAACAACAAUCCUCGCAAUUUCCAAAGUGGAAAAAAAGAAAAAUUGGGUUUCGGUCGAUCCGAUUCGAUGGGGAGAGAGGGCGAUCAGAUGAAGAGGAAGCGAAGAGAUCUAACGAACAAGACGAGAGGGCCCUGCAAUUUCUGCGAAUUCUCCAGCAGCAGAUAUGGAUGCAGCUCUGAAGAUAAGCUGCAGGAGCAAGACAAUGAAGCAGUGCUGCGGAAAGAAGUCGAGAGAUUACGGCUUUUGAUCAAGAGAAUGACUGGGAAGGAAGAUAUUGUCAGCUUCACCGAGCUGCUAGCUCUUCAAAGUCACCUUAUGGAUGUCCGAUCCAUUGUGCUGGAGCAAAAGAAGGAGGUAGAGCUGGAAGAAGCUGAAAGGCCGCACAAACAGAAGAAGGAAGCAGAGCAUGAUGCUGACGGUAUGAGGAGAGGGGUUUUGGUUCCUUGCAAAUUCUCUGCCAGCAGCUUGGGAGAAAGACAGGAAGAUCCAAAUGGUGAAGCACCACUGCUGCAAAUGCAGAGGGAAUUCGAGCAACGCAGCUCUGAAUCCUUGCAGAGCGAGUUCGACAAAUUAUGGCUUUUUAACGAGAGAAUGAAUGGUAGAGAGCUCGAGGGUAUGACUUCCUUCGACCUGUCCAUACUUCACAUUCAGAUAUUACGAGCUCUACGGGCUUUGAUUGACCAAAAGUUGGGACCAAGACAAGAACAUAGGGCAUGGCAGCGCGGAGAGCUUGUUUGCCACACCGACAAGGAAUCAGUCUCUGGGUUAGCUGAGCCCGGGAGAUGUUCGUCGGAUAAUGACAAGGAUGCUGACUCUUCCUUGCAAUGUAGACUUCUUCUCGUUUCAAGAAAGCUCAGAAGAUUCCAUAAUUCUUAUCAGCGGAAGAGCAUGCCGGAGACCAGGUCGGUCUGCCAGAGUCGAGUGACUUCCGAUUGACCUUAUCUGCCCUGGUUGCUGCUUUCUCUGUUUCUAUGUUGACAUAUCAACUUGCCACUUUAUUUGUCUUAGUCUUGAAGUCUACGCAUCUUGGAUUGUAAACUUAGAAAUACCAAUUAGAGUUUAAUUUAUUACCAAGGUAAGAUGUUGUUUUAAGACUCGAGGGGUUUCAUAUCUCACCAUGUUAGGACUUGUGGGUUUCAUAGAGCAUCAAUGAGCUUCUUUUAUUUGUAAGAGAUUCUCUAACACAUGACGAUCGAUUACUCUAUAAACUAGAUAAAUUAAUCCGUAUGUUAUUCUAGUUA